AUGCAGUACGUUCAGCUUACAAUCGAGCUCAUCACCAAGGCCUUCGAGACAUUUUCUUCUAAGAAGGGAGUGGAGUUUACCAAGAAAGAUGCAAAUAAGAUCUUUAAGGCGCUUGAUGAGGAUGAGGGAGUAGAGAGAUACUACUUUUGUGGUGCAAAGUGCACCAAGUCCAAGCGCAAAUGCAUGAAGGAAGUUGAUGAUGAAGGCAUGCAUUGUUAUGUCCACGAUCCUGCGCGCAAGUGUCAAGGCACAACCAUUAAGGGCGCUAAUUGUGGUAGUGUAGCCAAACUUGGUGAAACAUACUGUGGACGUCAUCGAGAGCAGCAUAAAGGUCAUAUGAAAAGCAGUAACAAUAAGGCACCUGCCAACAAGCGUACCAAGUCUUCCAAGAUAACCAAGAAGACACAUACUCCUGAGUUUGUCCCUUCAGAUGAUGAUAUGACUUCCGAGGAUGAAGAACCAAAGAAGCGAAAGAGAAACAAGCAGGAGUCAUCGGAUGAGGAGCCGUCCGAUGAUGAUGAAGAAGAUAUAAUUGCCGUCUCCUUUCCGUUGAGUCCAAAGAUGGGACUCCAAGAGGCAACUCCUGCUGAUGUAGAAAAAAUAGAAGAGUCUUCUGCUGAUGAGAAUUCUGACGAUGAUACAGAUGAUGGUGAUACGUCUGAUGAUGCUGGCUCUGACGAUGAUUCCCCUGAUGAUAAAGACUCUGAUGAUGGCAAGUCCAAUAACAGACCUGAUGUAGAAUCUGGAGAUGAUACCUCUAAGGAUAACCCUGAUGAAAAACUAUCUCAUAAAAAAUCAGAGAAAGACAUAGCACGUGCGAAGGACAGAGGAUGGAUGAUUCAUCCUAAUAACGACAUGCUUGAGUAUGCAACUAAGUUUACGAUGAAUGGCAAGUACAUUGUCAGGCUAUCUGGAAAGAAUACAUACGUUGGCCUGUUUACGCUUGAUGCUCUGCGCGGUGUCGGUGAUGUUCCAGAGUUGGAUAUCUUGGAACGCUCCAUGCUUAGCAAGAUGAAACUUCAACCAUUGUCUGAUGAAGAGAGAAAGACGCUUUUCAACGAGGAGAUCGAAGUAGAAGAAGAAGUACCAGUAGAAGGACCAACAGAUAAAUCCAAGGUGAUAUGGAAAAAACUUAACAAGUACUUGGAAUAUUCCGAGAAUGUACUUGUAAAUGGAAUGCACAUUCUCAAGAUGCGCAAAAAAGACACUGUAAUCGGCUUGAUGACUGAUGACCAUAUUGCUGCAGAGAAUGUAGAGUGUCAUUCUCUUAGCCAGAAGGAAAAAGAGAAGUUGUUUGCUAUGGGAUUUAAACCGCAUGAGCAUAAGCAAAGCUUGCCACAGAAAGAUGAGAGCACAUGUGAGGAUGAUAAAGAUGCUGAGGGCGAUAAAGAUGCUGAGGAUGACAAAGAUGCGGUGGGUGAUAAAGAUGCUGAAGAUGACAAAGAUGCUGAGGGUGAUAACGAUGCUGAAGAUGAUAAAGAUGCUGAGGAUGAUAAAGAUGCUGAGGAUGUUAUGUGGAAAAGUUUCCGCUCUCAGAUAGAAGCCGAAUUUGGAGAUCUUGGAGCAACCUUUGAGAAGCACAACAAUAGGAAACCAGUGUUGAAGAUGGUGGCACUACUGCAGUUAAAUCUGGAACCCAUUCAUAGUGCCUGGAUUAGAGAUGGCUUCGACUUUCCAUAUGCCAAUGGUGCAAUGGAACAAAUCUUGGAUUAUAUUCCAGUGGAUGAGAUGUUGCAUGAUGCACGAGAUAUAACAAAGUUACAAGAGCAGUUCUUGGAGAUGACUACUAUGGAUGUCGAGGAUAAACAACGGGAAGAGCCGACUAAUAAGCGACGUGAAAUUUUUGCAGGAGUGGAGAUUCCAUCAUAUAAGCGUACAAAGUAA